GUCCAGAAGAGUGUCUGUUUUUAUUUCACUUGAAUUAAUGUCAUUGAGGAAUUUCAUUCAUUACAGGGAAUCAUUGAUCUAAAUUUCAAAGGGGCAAAAUUUUAAAGCUUGUCCUUGGUGGCUGAUGUGCAUUCAAUUUAUAUCCUGGUGUUUGUGGUGAAUCGUCCGGAAGAAACAUUUGGUGCUGUAGACGGUUCCUAGAGCUGAAGGAUGUUUUGAUACAGGACAAGAUUAACCCAAAAAAUAAUAUAAGAUGUACCUUGAUGAUGUUGAUCCCCUGCAGAGGAAAUUCAAAUUGACCCAACAGCACAAGUGGACAAAUGUAACAAAAAUAAAAUAAGAAUAGAAGUUGAAUCUAGAACAAAUAAGAUAAAUUAGAAAUACUAUAUACAAUAACAUACAAAUGGAAGAAGGCACUUCUGUACAUGUUCAAAUAUAAGAAAAGAUAUAAGAAUUUAGUAGUUGUUGCAGUUUAUCCUGGUUUUAUUGUUAUAUAGGUGUAUACGUGUGAUAUUUGGAUUAAAGACAGUCUCGUAUAUCGAGUAAUGCCUUUUUGAUCAACAUUAAAUUAUUAUAGAAAUAUCAACACCUGUGUCCAUGUCAGCUGAUGUUUAAAUUCUGAUAUAGGUAACAGCCGAUUUGAUGAAAAAAAUAAGUGGUCAGUAACUGAGAGGCCUGGAUCCAGGCUACAGCUAGGGCAUAAAAUUAGUCAUGUUAUUAUAUAACUAUACAGUGUGCCAUGAAGUAGAAAAUAAGUAUUAAAUAACAUUUAAUGUCUGUCUUGUCCAGCUGUUCUAGUAUCUCUAACUGCACCCCUGAAGACUCAAGUCAAUCAUCCAGGUUAAUUUGCACAUCUUUCAAUGACACUUGGUUGUUUUCAUUUCAGUUUUCCAUUGUCUCUGAGCUGCACACACCCAUCCACAUCCCCAGUCUUAAUCUCAUUAGUAUUUGCUGUUAUUCUUCUGGUCUCAACACGGCUUCGGGUUUUUUUGACGGCCUGUUUAACAUAUAGGCGUGUCUCAGUUUCCUGAUAGGUCACUCCAGAGCAGCGAUCUGUUUCAUAUUGUUUUGCUAAUAGCUGAGCCAACAGAGUACGAGCAGCACUCACUGAACAGUUCUCUCUCCAGGUGAGGGAGGAGGUUUCCCUAUCAGUACUAAUGAUUAAACUUGUGUGCACCAGAGCCACCAAUGACUUGACAAAUCUUGGGUUUCCUUAUGAUGGAUUGACAAACUUAUAAUGCAGCUACAUGUGAAUAUGUGAUGGGGAAAUGGCUUAGUGAUGGAAAGGAAUAUAACUGUCUUAAUUUGAAUAUUGUAAAAAUAACUCUGAUUGUCAAAUAUCUUGUAAUCUAUUGAUGUCUUAUUCCGUUUUUUAUUUUAUUUAAAAUGACUGUCAAUUUAAAGGUAAAGAUUUAACAAAGAACCUCAAUGUUUUAAUUGAAAGAGUCCUUUGCUGACUGCCUGCCCCUAUUGCUGGCCAUGGUGUCCCCCCUUUCCAAGAGUGUGGUUUGACCAUUCUGGGCCCCUGGGCAGACCAAAAAAGGGAGCCAUUGUGAAUGAAGACCGCUUUUCCCAUUAGGCCCAGGCCGGGUGGUGAGGAUGCCAUGGGGUUAGGAACAGAUGUGGGUUCAGCUCUUAUAGGUGGAUAUGGGCGCUGGGGAAGAGACAGAUAUGGUCCACCUAUAAGGACAGAUUAUCGGCUCAUUGUUGAGAAUCUUUCUAGCCGCUGCAGCUGGCAGGACUUGAAGGACUACAUGAGACAGGCAGGGGAGGUGACUUAUGCUGACACCCACAAAGGCCGGAGGAACGAGGGGGUGAUUGAGUUCAGGCUCUACUCUGACAUGAAGAGAGCUCUGGAGAAGCUGGACGGCACAGAGGUGAACGGCAGAAAGAUCCGGCUCAUCGAGGAUCGACCUGGAGCCAGACGCAGCCGCCGCUCUUAUUCUCGCAGUCGCAGCCGCUCCAGGUCCCGCUCCAGGAGCCGCAGGUCUCGCAAGAGCCGCAGCCGCAGUGAGAGCAGCAGCCGCAGCCGCUCCCACUCCAGGGCGGCGUCUCGCUCCCGCAGCCGAUCUCGUAGCAAGAAGAACAAGGGCAAGAGCAAGAAGGAGGAGGAGGAGCGCAGCAACGGCGCCCAGAAGAGCAAAGACCGCAGCAGGAGCCGCAGCCCCAAGAGCAAAAAGAUCAAGAAAGAAGGGAAGAAGGGCAAGAAGGACGACUCCAGGUCCAGGUCUCGCUCUCGCUCCAGGUCUCGUUCUAGAUCAGGGAUUAAGGAUCGCUCCAGGAAGUCCGGCUCAAAGGGCCGCGAGCAGCCAAAGAGUGACGACGAGGGAGGCGAGCCAGAGAGGGGCUCUCGCUCUCGCUCCCGCAGCCCCGCUGAGUCCAAAUCCAGGGCCAGGUCUAAAUCCAAGUCCAAAUCCAAAUCCCGUUCCCCUUCACCUGCCAAAGCCCGCUCCCACUCCAGGUCUGCCUCACGGUCAGAGUCCCGCUCCAAAUCCCGCUCCCAGUCUCGUUCUCGCUCUCGUUCCCGCUCCUAGUUCACAUUUUGGACUGUUUGUCAUGAGCCCUUAUCCCAAUUGCCCCCCCCUCCCCACGUCCUCGACUUACAUUCCCCAGACCCCACAACACUACCCCCCCCUACCCCCCCUCCUGUUUUUGAUAACUAGCUGUAGAAAACCAGGCACUCGAGCUCGAUGUCUUUUAUGCACAUGCUUCUCCAUUUCAUUUGACUUUUGACGAGCAGGUUUUUUCAUUAGCGCUGUGUCGUAUGGAGGUGCUUGUAAAAUAACAGGGUGCAAUCUCAGUUUUAUAAGUUGAAAUGAUGGUAUGGUCUGUGUCUUAGACUUUUUUUAAUCAAAUGUAGAUGCACACUGUUUGUCAGUGUGCUGGUGGGAACAUGUUCAAACAUCUCCUCACCUCUGUGAAAUCCUUGUAUCAUUUUAUUUCUGAUUAAAAAUGCCUGUUCUGGA